AUGGCCGGCGUCCUAUAUAUUGAUACUUCGUUCACAAAGAUUGUUGUGAAACCUGUCCACCCUACUUUCGGGGCUGAGGUGCAGGUGUCUGACUGGAACAACCUUGACGAUGACGCUAUCCGGGAGAUCAGUAGCGCAGCUAACAAGUAUGGCUUCUGCAUUUUCCGCAACACCGGCCUAGAUGAUAAAGGGCAUGUGGAAUUCUCGUUAAGGCUAGGCGACCUCGACAAUAUGAAACGAUUUAUUACCGGCGAGCGCAAACUACGGUACCCGUAUUUUGAGCUUUUCGACGCUGGGAACAUUGCAGAUGAUGGCUCUCUUCUAGAUCCUGAGAGCCCUCGUGGUCAUACUAAUCGCCUUUCGUCGACUUGGUUCCCCGAGUACUUCAAGAACUUGGAUCCUAGCAAGUUUCCCAUGGCUCGCCACCGGCUUGCUCAGAUUCACGAAGGAAGCGGCCGCGUGAAUCUCUACGUCGGCGCGCAUCUCCACCAUAUCGAAGGUCUCCCAGAUGAUGAAUCCACCAGGCUACGUGACACGCUAAACAAGCAUGUUACGCAGCCUAAGUACGUGUACACUUUCCACUGGGAGCAACCCGGUGACAUCAUUAUGUGGGACAACCGCGCUCUUCUGCACCGCGCGAUGGGUGGAUCCUUUGCUGGCAAGUACCGUCGUGAUCUUCGUCGAACAACCGUUCACGACGAUAGUGCCAGUGCCUGGGGUCUUAAUGACACUGAGGGGGCCACUGGGCUUGGCUAUCAGCUUACCGCGAAAACACUCGAUACGCCCGAGGUGACACCCGCAACUAGCACGGCUGCCCCCGUUGCUGUUACUGCGGCCUCCUAA